CAUCACAAGCAAGCAUGGAUUGGUCGCUGGCAAGGAGAGUAAGUACCUGGAAUCGGCGACUGGAGCUCUCUGUUGGAGGAAGUCGGGGCGCCGGCUGCUGCUUCUACUUCUUACGGGUCGCUAGCAGGAGAGGCUGGAGGGAGUGGGAGGAGAGGCUGGAGGGGGGCGAGCGAGAUGUUGAUGGCGGCGAGGUGUGGCGGAUGGAGGGCGAGCGAGAUGUUGAUGGCGGCGAAGUGUGGCGGAUGGAGGGCGAUGGUGGGAGGAGAGGAAGACGAUGGCGGCGAGGUGGGAGGCGAGCGAGAUGUUGAUGGCGGCGAGGUGGGGCGAAUGAAGCGGAAGGAGAGGCUGGAGGGAGGAGAGGAAGACGAUGGCGGCGAGUCGAACGUGGAGGGAGGAGAGGAAGACGACAGUUCUCUUCUAGGGUUGCUGGAGAGAAACGACAUCGCUUAGGAGGGCAAAAACGGCAGCGCUUAGGAGGGCAAAAAAGGGUAAAAAAAUGC